AUGGCUUUCUCCAUGCCUUCGUUCCUCACACGAUUUCUCCGCCCCUUCUCCUCGACCCAACUGUCCCUCCAGCCAGAUGCCCUGUCAGCGAUGCAAUUCCCGCCAAGCUCCCAGCGGGCGAUCUUCGCGGGCGGUUGUUUCUGGGGCCUAGAAGAGCUUUACCGCCAUCACUGGGGCGGUGGCAAGGGCUUGCUCGACUGCCGCGUCGGAUACACCGGCGGCACCACGAAAGCGCCGACCUACGAGGACGUGUGCUCAGGCCGGACGGGCCACGCCGAAUCGCUGCUCGUCGUCUUCGACCCGGACGUGGUGACGUACCGGCAGUUGGUCGAGUUCUUCUUCCGCAUGCACGACCCGACCACGCUGAACAGACAAGGCGCCGACACGGGCACGCAGUACAGGUCUGCCGUCUUUGCCGAGAACGACGACCAGUUGAAGAUUGCCGAGGAGAUCAAGCAGAAGGUCGGCGAGCAGUGGUAUAAAGGCAAGACUAUCACGACGGAGAUCAAGCGAGCGACACAGUGGUACGACGCAGAGGGCUUGCAUCAGAACUACUUGUUGAAGAAUCCGUCCGGGUAUCAGUGCCCGGCUCACUUUGUGCGACCACACCCCGAGUUGAAGUGA